UCCAAAAGAGGAUGGAUGUGGAAUCAAUUCUUUCUUCUGGAGGAGUACACAGGGAAUGACAACCAGUAUGUUGGCAAGCUGCACUCCAAUAUGGACAGAGGCGAUGGUAACGUGAAGUACAUUCUCACUGGAGACGGGGUGGGAAGCUUGUUUUUAAUAGACGAGAACUCAGGUGACAUUCACGCCACUAAGAGGUUGGACAGGGAGGAGAGGGCCAUAUACACACUCCACGCUAAGGUGGUGGAUAAGAGUACCAAUGAGACACUGGAGGCUGAUACUGAAUUUAACAUCAAGAUCCACGACAUCAACGACAAUGAGCCAAAGUUCUCUAAAGACCUUUAUUUCGCCAGUGUCCCAGAGAUGUCUGAUGUAGGCACGAUUAGAACAGCCCUGCCUAACAUGGACAGGGAGACCAAGGAGAACUACCAGGUUGUGAUCCAGGCUAAAGACAUGGCUGGACAGAUGGGUGGGUUAUCAGGGACCACCACAGUCAGCAUUACCCUCUCUGAUGAGAAUGACAGCCCACCGCGCUUUGCUAACCAUACGUUUCGUCUGAGCACUCUGGAGUCGGCUGAUGUAGGAGCAGCCAUAGGUCGGAUCAAGGCUAAUGAUGCGGACGUGGGGCGGAAUGCUGAGAUGCAGUAUAGCAUCGUCGACCGAGACGGACAGGAUAUGUUCACUAUCAUCUCGGACCAAAACACACAGGAGGGCGUUAUCAGGGUAAAAAAGAAACUGGAUUAUGAGAAACAAAGGACGUACUCAUUCAAAGUGGAGGUGACUAACACCUAUCUGGACCCCAGGUUCAUGUACAGUCCAAACCCUCCUUUCAAAGAUGACGCCAUGGUGCGGGUGACGAUAGAGGAUGUGGAUGAGCCACCAGUGUUUAGCAGGAACCCUUAUAUCAUUGAGGUGCACGAGGACACAGCCGCUGGCAGCUUUGUUGGUGUCGUGUCUGCCAGGGACCCCGAUGCUGACAACAACCCAGUCAAAUACUCCAUUGACCGCCAUACCGAUCUGGAGAGACUGUUCAACAUUGAUUCUGUUAACGGCACCAUUACAACACUGAAAGGCCUCGACAGGGAGAUGUCAAGAUGGCAUAACAUCUCUGUUGUUGCAACUGAAAUAAGUAACCCUCGCCAAACCACUCGAGUCCCAGUGUUCAUCAAGGUCCUGGACGUUAACGACAAUGCACCUGAAUUUGCCAUGUAUUACGAGACAUUUGUCUGUGAAAAUGUCCAAUCAGGACAGCUGAUUCAGACGAUAAGUGCAGUUGACACAGAUGAGCCCCUUGUUGGACAUAAGUUUGUCUUCAGCAUCAGCUCCUCCAAUCCAAACUUCACUAUCGUUGACAAUGAAGAUAACACAGCCAGGAUCCUGACUCGGAGGGCAGGAUUCAGCCGGCGUGAGAUGAAUACCUACCUACUGCCCGUGGUGAUCUCGGACAAUGACUACCCUAUCCAGAGCAGCACCAGCACUUUGACUGUGAAUGUGUGUGCCUGCGACAGCCGGGGGAACAUGCAGUCCUGCAACACUGAGGCUCUGCUGUCUGCCGGGCUGAGCACUGGAGCCCUGGUGGCUAUCCUGCUCUGUGUCAUUAUCCUCUUGAUGAUCGUGGUGCUGUUCGCUGCCCUGAGGAGGCAGCAGAGGAAGAAGGAGCCUCUGAUCAUCUCCAAAGAGGAUGUGAGAGACAACGUCGUCAGCUACAACGAUGAAGGGGGCGGAGAGGAGGACACCCAGGCCUUUGAUAUUGGCACGCUGCGCAACCCAGAGGUGAUGGACGCUAACAAGCUGCGCAGGGAUAUCAUCCCAGAGAUGCUAUUUCCCUUCCAGAGGACAUCACCUAUAAAGGAUAACGCCGACGUCAGAGAAUUCAUUCAUGGGAGACUCCAUGAGAACGACUCGGACCCCACCGCGCCGCCCUACGACUCCCUGGCCACCUACGCCUAUGAGGGGAGCGGCUCGCUAGCCGAGUCCCUCAGCUCCCUGGAGUCUGGAUGUGUGGAGGGGGACCAGGAGUACGAUUACCUCAGCAACUGGGGACCCCCGUUCAAAAAACUAGCAGAUAUGUAUAUAGGGAAGGACACGGCGAGAGAAACCUAG